UGCAGAGCGAAAUGAGAAAGCUGGUCUUCCAGUUUCUUGCCAUAAGCAACCGAGAGACGCCAGAGAGAUGGCCACGACACAUGACAGAGCUGUGCUCCAGGCUAUAUUCAACCCCACCAGCCCCAUCGGAGACAUCCCUGGCCUGAGCCAAGAGGAGGAAUUAAUUGAUGACGACAGUGGCUUUGACACAGAGUUGCUGAGGCAAGUGAAAGGGCUGGAGAUGCGGGGUGUCUCGGCAGCAGAGGCUGGGGAUUUGCAAGCCGCACUUCAACUGUUCAGCGAGGCAAUCCAGAUCGUGCCUCUGCGAGCCUCAGCCUAUAACAACCGGGCACAGGCCCUGCGGCUGCAGGGGAACACAGCAGAAGCCCUGGCGGACUUGGACCGCGCUGUCUCUCUCAGCGGCGGCGCCGGACGAACUGCAUGCCAGGCGCUGGUGCAGAGGGGCCUUUUGCGAAGGCUGGCAGGCCGGAGCGAUGAAGCCAAGGCAGAUUUUGAGAAAGCAGCUGCACUCGGAAGUGAAUUUGCUCGUCAGCAGGCCGUGGCUCUGAAUCCGUACGCAGCCCUGUGCAACAAAAUGCUGUCGGAGGUCAUCAACAAACUACGAAACCCGGAGGUGUCAAAGACACUGUAGUUGGCGGUUUGUUGCUUCUACGCCUUUGCUGUUUUGAAUUCUGUGGUGAAUAAAAGGACAUUUCUAAACUGUAAUAAUGUCCUUUUCUUUUGUACAGACAAUGCUGCUGUGAAAUAAAUGAAGACAAUUGCAA